ACGCCCUGCACACACACACAUAGCGUCUCGUCGGGAGCGGCUGGAAAGGGAGGGGGGAAGAAAAGCAAUGGGAGCGGAUGGAAAGCAGAAGGAGAGAAAGCAGGGCAGUGGCGGCGGGGAGAGCGGAGCAGCGGACCCUCAGAAGGGCAGGCCAGCAGAAAGCAAAGCGGCAAGCGAGGAAGACUCUCACAAAUGCUGCGGCUGCCGCUUCCCCAUCCUCAUCGCCUUGUUGCAACUGGUCUUGGGCAUUACCAUAGCGGUGGUCGCCUUCAUAAUGAAAACUAUCAGCUCCUCUUUGCUGGCCAGAGACACCCCGUAUUGGGUUGGCAUCAUUAUCUGUGUGGCUGCAUUACUUGGAUUCUACAUGUACUGCAUCACUUACCAGGUCAAUGAAAAGACAACACUGCAGUUUAUCAUAAAGCUGCUGUAUUUCCUGCUGUGCGCUCUUAGCCUGAUUCUCUGCAUCUCAGCCGUGGCUUUUGCUGCUCACCAUUAUAACCAGAUCACUACAUUCAGCUGCCAGAUGACCCCUGAACACUGCGUCUGCAAACAGGACCCAGACGACCUGAUCGCCCGCACUUUCCACUACAACGAUGUGACCGACUGUGAGUCUGUCACCACGACAAUCAAACUCUAUCUGCUCCUGCAGAUGGUCCUCAACCUAACCUUGGCCGUUGUCUGCCUUGUGGCCUGUUAUGUGAUGUGGAAACACAGAUACCAAGUGUUCUUUGUUGGCCUGUACUACAACUCUUUUAAGGCCAGCCAACAGCAGUCAAAAGUGUAGUUUGAACGUUUGCAAACUGUUGACGCCCAGCAUCAAACCCGAUGCCUGUUUAUUGAAAGAGUGAGAAAUUUGUCCAGUAUUCGCUAAUUUUUGAACAAGAAAACUUGAUUGUAUAAACGAACGUGUGCAAUUUUCAAAGUGCUCAUGCAGAGAAGUGUGGUUACAUUAGCUGCAGUGUUUAUAUUCACUGGGUUAUGUGUUACAGUGUUACACACCCAUGCAGUAAAAACAAACCUGACUACACUUGGGGUCUCAAAGUCCCAAGAGGGUUUCCGAAACGUGGAACCGAGGGAUAAGGGGCUGAGUUAUAAAAUGGUUCACAGCGUUCAUGUUCAAAUACCUCGUGGUUUUGAGUUGUGAAAGGGCUGUUGUCAUGAAAGCAUUGUUAGUUCACCUCCUCAGACAGCCUUGAUUCCUGCAUUGUGGGAGGAGUGAGCCAAGCGGCACUGGGCGUCAGGCCUUGCUUCCUAAAUGUUUGCCUGGUGUGACCCCACUUCGGCGUUUGAAGGUUAUGGAGACCUUCCCUUGUUGUGAGGGGCUGUGGUUCUUGUGGGGAGCAGAGCAGGCCUGUGGGAAAUGACGCGGG